AUGGGUCUCCAAGUGGUUGUUGUUGGCGCAGGCUUGGCUGGCCUUGCAGCCGCAAUUGCUCUUCAUCGUGCGGGUCAUAAUGUAAAAGUUAUUGAACAGUCUGGCUUCCACAAUGAAGUCGGAGCCGCGAUCCAUAUCGCACCCAACGCUACUCGAGUCUUGAAAGAUCUGGGCUGUGAUUUCAAUAGCCUCCACCCCGUUCAAUGCAACCGCCUGCAAGUCUGGGAUCCAAAUGGAAGCCUUCUUUGGACCCCGGUUGUUACCAAAGACCUACAAAUCCUGCUAGGUACUACGGACAACUGGGUUCUUACUCACCGGGUCGAUCUUCACAAUACUCUUCGCGACGCUGCCACCCAAAAGAUCGAUGGUCGAACUAUCGACAUCUCUCUUUCCUCCCGAGUGGCUUCCGUGGACCCAGAGGCUGGUGUUGUCAGGCUGGAAAAUGGAGAUACCUUCAUAGGUGAUCUAAUUGUCGGAGCAGAUGGAAUACACUCACGAGCUGUGAAGGCAAUUGUGGGAGAUGAACGCGGAAAGGAGAGCACAGGCCAAAAUUGUUUCCGUUUUCUCGUUCCACUGGCAAAGGCGCUGGCCAAUCCUUUAACUGCCGCUCUAUUAUCCAAGACCGGGUUAGAUGGGGUUCAUGCCUUUUCAGGCCCAGACCGCCGUCUUGUCAUCUAUCCUUGUCGCAAUGGCAAUUUACUCAACAUUGUGGCAAUUCAUCCGGCAGGCAGUGAUAAGGCGAAGGAAGCUUCUUGGUUGGAGUCGGCAGACCUUGAACAACUUCUCCAAACCUACUCUUCAUUUGGUCCAGAGCUUCGGGAGCUUUGUGGCAUGGCCGAGGAUCUUAAGCUCUGGAGCCUAGUGUCGCGCUCUCCGCCGAGGACAUUCAUCAAGGGCAAGAUGGCCUUGGUUGGCGAUGCAGCACACCCAACACUUCCACACCAAGGUCAGGGCGGCGCGCAGGCGUUUGAAGAUGCUGCCGCUUUAGGUGGUGUAUUUCCAGCAGAUACCAGGCCUGAUCAGGUAACCCAGCGUUUAGCUCUGUACAAUAAGGUCCGCUACGACCGAGCGGUAACUGUGAUGAUGAUGUCGAAGACUCAUGACGAACGCCGAGCGGAAAUGCUGGCCGAGCUCCGCGAAUAUGUCCCCAAUGCGGAAGUGCCCAAGGACAUGUUCUCGUUUACCUGGCCUUCGAACCCCGCUGAGGAUGCCAGAAGACUACUUGCAGAGCAAACUUCUUAG